UCCUGCAAAGAUAAUGCCUGUACAAUCAAUGACAUCAUCCUCCUGCUUAUAUAUAUAGGGGAAUGGCCAGAGCACCUCUCAUAGUUCACUCACUUUCAAAGCCAGCUGAAGGCAAGAGGAAGUGCUAGAGAGAGCCCCCUUCAGUGUGCUUCUGACUUUUAAGGACUUGGCUUGUUAGAAGGCUGAAAGAUGAUGGCAGGAAUGAAAAUCCAGCUUGUAUGCAUGCUACUCCUGGCUUUCAGCUCCUGGAGUCUGUGCUCAGAUUCAGAAGAGGAAAUGAAAGCAUUAGAAGCAGAUUUCUUGACCAAUAUGCAUACAUCAAAGAUUAGUAAAGCACAUGUUCCCUCUUGGAAGAUGACUCUGCUAAAUGUUUGCAGUCUUGUAAAUAAUUUGAAUGGCCCAGCUGAGGAAACAGGAGAAGUUCAUGAAGAGGAGCUUGUUGCAAGAAGGAAACUUCCUACUGCUUUAGAUGGCUUUAGCUUGGAAGCAAUGUUGACAAUAUACCAGCUCCACAAAAUCUGUCACAGCAGGGCUUUUCAACACUGGGAGUUAAUCCAGGAAGAUAUUCUUGAUACUGGAAAUGACAAAAAUGAAAAGGAAGAAGUCAUUAAGAGAAAAAUUCCUUAUAUUCUGAAACGGCAGCUGUAUGAGAAUAAACCCAGAAGACCCUACAUACUCAAAAGAGAUUCUUACUAUUACUGAGAGAAUAAAUCAUUUAUUUACAUGUGAUUGUGAUUCAUCAUCCCUUAAUUAAAUAUCAAAUUAUAUUUGUGUGAAAAUGUGACAAACACACUUAUUUGUCUCUUCUACAAUUGUGGUUUAUUGAAUGUGAUUUUUCUGCACUAAUAUAAACUAGACUAAGUGUUUUCAAAUAAAUCUAAAUCUUCAGCA